UAUAACUUACCUAUAUCCGGGGUAGUAUAUACUUAACUCAUAGCUGGAGGGCAGUGUCAAAGUGGGGCUUGUUUCCGUGAUCCGUUACCCCUGACUCGGCGAGUCUAAUGAAGCGAUAACUUGCUCCGCCACAAUUUUUUCCAUCCCAUAAAAUUUCCUUAUAUUGCUGCCUGCAGUCACAAUAAUAAUGGGUGAUUGAUUUGUUACGAUAAUUUCCUGACGGAAGGGUAGACGAGAGGAAUCCGGGAUGCCGCCGCGUCGAACUCACCGAAAAUCUCGUGCAGGCUGUUCUGAAUGUAAAAGUCGCCAUAUCAAGUGUGAUGAGACUCGGCCGGCCUGUAGGAAUUGCUCGAUUAGUUGGAGGAACUGUUCGUUUUUAUUAUCGCAACCGAAACUUCCAAUAGGGAGAGAUGCAGUUCAAUCAGAUGCAUCGCCCGCAUCACAGCAAUCUUCCGAAACCAGCCCGAGCUGCACAAUCCAGGAAGCCAAUAUGACACAACUUGAACUUUUUCGCCAUGCUGUCAUCAAAGGGGAUUUCGAUCUCCCUCCUGCGCCGGAGGAGAGCGUAAGAAUGGCACCUCCCAGCGUGGCCAUCGAAACAGCAAUGUCUUACCCAUUUCUUAUGAAUGAGGUGCUAGCUUUCGCUGCGCUUCAUCUUUCCCAUAUUAAGCCCGAAAAGGCCCAAUUUUAUAAACACCACGCAGUCGGUUUACAGACUCAUGCGCUGGGCAUCUUCAAUCGUGAAAUGACCAAAGUCACUGGCGAAAACUGCAUGGCCAUACUGAUAUUUACCUGGUUUAUGACCUUGCAUACCAUCUUCGAAACUACUGAGUCCAAGGAUAUAUACGGUUUUCUAGAUCGGUUAAUCCAUUCCAUGCAGCUGCAUCGCGGGGUACGGGCCGUUACCGCGGAGGCGUGGCAUAUGAUGCUUGAUUCGGACAUGGGUUAUGUGCUACGCGAAGCCACGAAAUUGCUUGAUUACGUGGACUCGGGAAUCCACACUGAUGAACUCAAAAACUUCAUCUUGGGCUCAACGACACUGAAAGAUGACGAGAAAACGGUAUGUAAAUGUGGACUGGAAAGGAUCCAAUGGUUUCUAAAGCGAACCGAUGGCGGAAAGAAACAAGACCCUUCUCGAUCAACUAUGUUCGUAUCGAUGAUGUCGUGGCCGGUGAUGAUUGAUGCUGAUUUCCUUCGGCUCAUAUCCGAGAGAGUACCGGAAGCUCUUCUUGUGCUCGCUUAUUAUGCUAUACCACUACAUCUCUGUCGAGAUAUAUGGGUUAUUGGAGAGGCAGGUCAAUUGCUGAUUCAAAGUGUCCGUAUGCACUUGGAUGAAAAGUGGCACAAAUGGCUGGAUUGGCCAGAGGAGAUAAUGAAUAAUUCAAUAUAAAAUAUAUGACAUAUUAUUUAAGAUUGGACAGUUUUCUGGUAAUGUUAAGUUUGGCAUGUUGCAUUGGGAUUGGACAUUGAAGAAGAAUAAAAGAGGAAGAUGCUCACGCGUGCGACCGCGGGGGGAUAAAGAUAACACCAGCCACAAUUACCUAAGGAGGAAAGAAAAUUCCGAAAUCCGGGUAGCUUAAGCCACAAAUGCAAGCCUUACCAGCCACCUCUGCAGG